AGAGAGAAGAGAAGAGAGAGAAGACAGAGAAGAAAAGAUGACCAUGAGCUCAGUGAUGAUCAUCAAAAAGCUGCUGAGGGGAAGCAGUCGAGCGGCGUGUGUGUCCAGGGAGGGACAGGUGAUGAAGCGUAAGGUUAAACCCAGGACACACUCCCCUGACAGGAAAGAGGUGACGGUUUGGAAGAGAGAUGACGAGGCAUUCGGGUUUAUUAUAAGAACGUAUGAAGGAGACGCCACUGACUCUGAGAUGUUAACGUGUGUGUGUUCAGUGAAGGAGAACAGUCCUGCUGAGAGAGCCGGCUUAAAGACAGGUGAUGUCAUUAUGAGUGUCAACAGCAUUUGUGUGGAAGGUUUCGAGCAUCAGCAAAUUGUUGACCUCAUUCAAAAAGGCUCCUGUCCAAUAAAGAUGGAGAUUGUCAGGGGAACGUUAAUGAAACAGAAGGAACUACAAAGGAAAUUGGAGCAGCUACAGUGGCAGCUCAGAGAGAAGACGGCAGAGCUUCAGACGCUUAUCGUCCAGGAAGAGCGUCUGUGUGGAGGUGAGCUGCGGUGCACGCUGCCUCGGUCCUGCCUCGCCUCAGAGAAUCCUACGCUCUCGUCCCGUGUCCUUCUUCAAACCUAGAAGACCUUCACACACUAAGAAGAACCUUGAACGUUGUGUCCCAGGGCUGAACUUUCUCACGUUUCUCAUCUCAUACAUCAUUUGUGCUGGUGGACUGUGGACCUGCAUACGUGUGUGUGUGUGUGUGUGUGUGUGUGAGAUGAUUUUUUAUCCGUUUUGUACUACAGCGAUUUGCCAACUUAUUAUUUGUCUAUUUAUUAAAGAAGGCCACGACUCCUCAACCCUGGUCAGAAGGCUUCAGCUUCUCCUUGGACUGGAUUACACACCUUUUUUUUUUACACUUCACUGUGGAAGCGUUUCUGAAAACAAGUGCAUUAAUAUAAACCUGCGAUUUGCAGCUGAACUUCUGUCUGAGCUGCUGUUCUGACCAAUCAGAUUCGAGCUUGGACAGCACUGUGGUGUUUAUACAUACACUGUACAGCCAAAGGUUUGUGGACACCCGAGAUUGGUGUGUGUGUGUGCUCCUUUUUUUGAACAUCCCAUUCCACAUCUAGUCUUCAUUUGCUUUUAUUGGUAUCUCCACUCCUCUCCUGGGAAGAUGUUCCACCAGAUUUCGUGGAGAUUUGUAAGGGUUUUAGUAAAGUCAGGUUCCGAUGUAGAUGAGGUGAGGAACCCUGGGGUUUCUCCUGGUUUACUUGAAGAAAGAAUUUCAUGCUACCGCAUCCAAAGACAAUUGUGUGCCUCUAACUUUGUGCUAAAAGUUGUGUCUGGUGUCCCAAUACUUUUUGGCCCACAAUGUUUGACUUUUGUCUUUUCUAAAAAAAAAUGUUCAUUAAUGGAUUUAUACUGUUUAUUAUUUAACUUAUUUAACUAUAAGUAAAUACACUUUUUUUGCGUUUUGUGUUAAAUUAUAUUUUUGUAUUUAUGUAUUUAUUGAUGUCUAAAACGUUCAUGCUGUAAAUAAGAGUUACUGAUUAAACAUAGA